AAGACACAUGGCGCGCUGCUGGCGCUCUGUAAAGCUCGCACAGGCGUCUUCGCAGGUCCGCUGCGCUUGCUCGCACACGAAGUGUGGGACCGAAUCAACAAAGGGACUGUGUCUCCUGGUGUGCCACCACGCGCCUGUAAUCUCGUCACAGGCGAGGAGGUGCGCCUCGUUGAUCCUUUCGCCGGACUCACUUCCUGCACCGUGGAGAUGUGUUCACUAGAGACGGCGUGCGAUGUCGCUGUCAUUGACGAGAUCCAGAUGAUCGGCGAUAGCGGGCGAGGGCACGCGUGGACAAGUGCAGUUCUCGGCCUCCCAGCCAAGGAACUCCACCUGUGCGGGGAAGCAAGUGUCGAGCCGCUGAUCCGCAAGAUGGCCGAAGCGUGUGGCGAUGUGGUGCAUGUGCACAAGUACGAGCGUCUCACACCGCUUGUCAUCGAGCGCAGCAGCUUGAAAGGCGAUCUGAGCCAGAUCCAAAAGGGCGAUUGCAUUGUCACAUUUUCAAGGAGCAAGAUAUUUGACCUCAAGAGUGAGAUCGAAGCUAAGACCAAGCUGAGAUGUGCAGUCGCCUACGGCGGACUGCCCCCGGAGACGAGGAGCGAGCAGGCAAAGCUGUUUAACGAUCCCGACAGUGGAUUCGACGUCAUGGUCGCCAGCGAUGCUAUUGGCAUGGGUCUGAAUCUGAAAAUCAAACGUGUCAUCUUUGAGACGCUGGCGAAAUGGAACGGUACUGAGUUCGUCUGGCUCUCUUGCUCCCAAAUCAAACAGAUCGCCGGUCGGGCAGGUCGCUACGGCACGAGCAGCGACCCGAGCGAAACAGGAGGUUCCGCCACCACCUUGCACGUCGACGACCUUGAGGUCUUACAGCAAGCGAUCGACGCGCCUAUCGUACCCGUUGAUCAAGCCGCGAUCCAACCUACAUCUGAAGCGCUUUUGCGCCUCUCUCAGCUCAGCAAAGCAUCUGCAAACCCCGAUACUCAGGCAUCUGAGUCCGGCACAGACGCUAUUAGACAACAAGGAGUGGCGGGAUCAAGACCACUUGCAGCUCUAUACAACGACGUUGCGGUGCUCAGCAAGGUCGAUUCGUCCACUUACUUCCUUGCCGACUUUGAAGGUCAGUUGACCAUUUCGCCCAUCGUUGAGCGCGCCUCCGCUAUCUUCACUAGCACCAGCAAGUCUGAUAACAAGCAAAAGUCGGACUCGGAUGGGAAGGAUCAGAGCGAGGUCGAAGGCGAAGGUGCAAGCAGUGCAACGUGCGCAGAUAAAGCGGCAAGCACCGGCGCAAGGAGCACCAGCGGCACCGGCACCUCCGAUGGGCGCGACGGAGGUCUGCUGACGAUGGUUGAGCGUGAGACAUUUGCAAACGCUCCCGUAUCCACGCGUGACGACCGGGUCAUGGAGAUGAUGGAGAAUCUGGUGCGCUUGUACGUGCUUGGCGAACUGGUUAGGUUCGAAAAGGCAGCGCAGCACCUGGGAAUGCUCGAGACGUUGGAUGAGAUUGAUGUUAUGCAUACUAAAGCAGAAGAAGCGAGGGAGAGGGCGAUCGCAGAGCAAAGCGCAGCACUGAGCCCUUCGGAGGACGCAUCUGAGGAUGGAGAAGUGAAAACGAAGCUGGAUAGCGAAGCAGCAUCAAAACGACCCCCCGCUGCGAAGGCGCAGGAUCUAUCGGCCGCGCACUUUGUGUUUACUUCAUCCGAUCCACCCGCAGCGCCGGGCCAACCAGCAGCCAUGUCCGAGGGAGCAAAACGGCUGGUGCACGUCGACACGCUAAUGACCCUCGAGUCACUGCAUCGAUGCAUUAGCCUAUACCUCUGGCUCUCGUUCCGCUUCCCGCUGGCCUUCUGCUACCGUCCACAGGUGCUGGAGAUCAAAGGGCGCACGGAGAAGGCGAUUGUGUUCAUCCUAGACGCCAUGCGCCUCGCUCGCGCGACACGGCUUGCGGCACUCGCCACU